ACACACCCUCUUCCGCUGACUCUCCCGCUAUAAGAAGGUCCUGGCGGCGCGUUAGCUCCGCGGAUCAAUUUUUUUUGGUUGGCAGAAUCCGUUUCGGAUCGGCUACAUCAGAACCGCAACCAUGACUGUGGGGAAGAGCAGUAAGAUGCUGCAGCACAUCGACUUCCGGAUGCGCUGCAUUCUCCAGGAUGGCAGAAUCUUCAUCGGCACCUUCAAAGCUUUCGACAAGCACAUGAACCUCAUCCUGUGUGACUGUGACGAGUUCAGGAAGAUCAAGCCCAAGAACUCGAAGCAGCCAGAGCGAGAGGAGAAGCGCGUGCUGGGCCUGGUGCUUCUGCGUGGAGAGAACCUGGUCUCCAUGACUGUGGAGGGACCUCCCCCCAAAGAUACUGGCAUUGCCCGAGUGCCCUUGGCUGGUGUUGCAGGAGGCCCUGGCAUGGGCAGGGCUGCUGGCAGAGGAGUUCCGGCAGGAGCGCCCAUGCCCCAGGCCCCAGCAGGACUGGCGGGUCCUGUGCGGGGAGUGGGUGGUCCUUCACAGCAGGUCAUGACCCCACAGGGUCGGGGUGCAGCAGCGGCCGCAGCAGCAGGUGCCAGCAUCGCUGGAGCCCCCACCCAGUACCCACCUGGAAGAGGGGGACCCCCACCCAUGGGUAGAGGAGCGCCACCGCCAGGAAUGAUGGGUCCACCCCCAGGAAUGAGGCCGCCCAUGGGCCCCCCGAUGGGCAUGCUUCCUGGCCGCGGUGCUCCCAUGGGAAUGCUCCCUCCUGGAAUGAGACCCCCACCCCCUGGAAUGAGAGGCCCCCCUCCCCCUGGUAUGCGCCCCCCCAGACCCUGAACCCCAGGCGGCCUGUAGUGAUGCACUGUUGAGCUGAACUGGGGGUAAUGUCUCCCUUCACAAAGACUCUGGACUCAAACUCCUGCCUCUGCCUGGAGCUUGCUUCCCAGCCCCUGGGCUGCCCACAUCCAGCUGUAUAGUGACAUUUUUACCUUGUACUUUUUUUGGUGUUUUUUUUUUAAUUUCUUAUUUUAAAUAAAAUUAACUUUUCAA